UUCAAUGAGGCUUGUUCUUCUACUCCUUACCUUGCUGGUGCUAGUUUCUGGAUAUUUUUCUGACAAUGACCGUAAAAAAGUUAAGAAAAUAUCUAUUGUCCACUAUGAUUCAACCUCCUCCAGUUCCUCUGAAGAGCAUCGUCAUAGGCCACGUGGUGGGAAAAGGCCUAGGUUUGACGACAAUUCCUCCGAUGAUUACAGUGGACGACGUGGUGGAGGACGGCGGAAUAGGCCUCCAAGGCCUCCUGCACCAACACCUAAGCCUAGAGAAGACUGGAUAACGAUCAAUGGACCAUUUACAACCACUCUACCAAUUCCUGGAGGAUAUUGGGAUACUGGGAAGAUCAUGCGAAUUUAUGGUACACCUGGAGCAGGAAGAUGGACCAUCAACCUGGCCAAGUCAAAAGUUUGGGUGUUUCAUUUCGCGUCAGAACCUACCAAGGGGCUUGUAGCCAGAACCCGACAUACGAAUGGAGCGUGGGAAGUCGGAGAGACAUAUGGAGGAAACCCAUUCCGAGCUAAUACCUACUUUAAUGUUACUAUGGUCAAUCAGCCAACGCAUAUCGAGAUUCAUGUCAAUGGUGCAUUCUUCGUAAAUUUCAACCAUCGAGUUCCAAAUCCAUCCAGAGACUAUCAGGGUAUCGAUUUCCAAUUUGUUGAUAUCUCGAAAGUGGAGUUUUCACGAUAAGUUGAAUAAAGAAUUUUGUUGCA